AUGUCUGAAAGUCAAAGCCACAUCAACCCGCUCCUUCUUUUGGCUGCGACAACUGAGGAUACUGCUCACGUGAACCCCCUCACUGGUACAUCUCAAGACAAAGUCAUUCCACUUCAUGAAACUGUGUCUACAGCAGCUCCGUCAACUACUCCGUCUGCCAGUCUUCAUUCCCUUGCGCCGCCUCCCAAGUUAUCUUAUAGGACCCGGGCGCAACUAGAUGACACGGUUCAAAAGUGGGCGUUGGAACAUGGCUAUGCUCUCAAGAAGACAAACACUACAGCUCAGAAGGGGGAGGAUCGGGCGACUUAUAAAUGCGACCAAUCUGGCGAUGUGGUGGUCCAGGCUGUUGUGCGCAACAAAACUGCCAAAACCCCUACCUUAUAA